AUGGCUACUCCCACCCUCAAUUUCAUCACUUUCAAUCAAGACCACAGCUGUCUUGCUGUUGGUACUUCCAAGGGCUUUCGCAUCUACCAUACCGAUCCUUUCUCUCGAAUCUUCAGUAGCGACGAUGGCAACAUUGCUAUUAUCGAGAUGCUGUUCUCUACCUCCCUCGUCGCUCUCAUUCUUUCUCCUCGCCAUCUCAUAAUUCAGAACACUAAGAGAGCAUCUGUCAUUUGCGAACUUACCUUCCCCUCGGCCGUUCUAGCUGUCCGAUUGAACCGAAAGCGCCUGGCGGUCGUUCUUGAGGAUGAAAUAUACCUCUACGAUAUCAGCAACAUGAGCCUCCUGCAUACGAUCCCGACUUCGCCGAAUCCUUCUGCUAUAUGCGCCCUCUCACCUUCCUCCGAGAAUUGUUUCAUCGCCUAUCCGCUGCCCAAGCCUCGAGAGGAUCCUGACGCCCGGCGCCCUGCUCACGCACCUCCUCAUUCAGCUUUUGUUGCGCCUACUUCAGGCGAAGUGUUGGUCUUCGAUACUCUUACCCUGAAAGCUGUCAACGUCAUCGAGGCGCAUCGCUCGCCGUUAUGCUGCAUCUGUCUCAAUAAUGAGGGUACUCUGCUCGCUACAGCCAGCGAGACAGGCACUAUCAUUCGCGUCUUUUCGGUACCAAAGGGCCAAAAGCUAUAUCAAUUUCGACGUGGAACCUACCCAUCCACUAUCUACAGCAUGUCAUUUAAUCUGAGCUCGACGCUAUUAUGCGUCUCUUCGACUUCAGAUACGGUUCAUAUCUUCCGACUUGGGGUCCCCCCAGGAAACAACACACCGGCUGGGGCUCCCAUUGAGUCCCCAGGCUCGCAGCGGCAGGAUCGUUGGUCUCGAGCAAGGAGCUUCGAUGACCCCGAAUCCCCAGGCACCAGUGCAGGCGACUCGCCCAAGAACGAAUCUUCUGAUGUCGUUUCGUCUGGGAAUGGCGCAGGCAGCAGCAAUAGCGCAGGACAUACAAGACAGAGUGGCUCAUUCAGUAGUAUGCUUCGCCGCUCUUCACAAAUAAUGGGCCGAGGAGUUGCUGGUGUCGUGGGGUCCUACCUACCUCAAUCCGUAACAGAAAUGUGGGAACCUCUACGCGAUUUCGCUUAUAUCAAGAUACCAAAAUCUACAGUUCCUUCGGGGACUUCAAGGGCUCUACGUGAUGCUCCAGGAGGUCCCUUACGAAGCGUUGUAGCGAUGAGUAGCAGUAGUCCUCAAGUAAUGGUUGUCACUAGCGAUGGCGGCUUUUACGUUUACAAUAUUGACAUGGAACACGGCGGAGAAGGCUACCUAGUCAGGCAAUUCUCGUAA